CAGAAAAAAAAACAAAACAAAACAAUCAUAUAGAGCUUUGCUGGAGAAGAAAGAAGAAGGGAGGGAAGAAGAUUCUUUUGACCUUCCUUCCACCAUCAUCAUCAUCAUCAGCAUCAGCAUCAUCAUCUCUCUUCGUGUUAAUUAAUUUUUAUUUUACUUUUGUGAAUUCGUAAAAAAACAUGAAAAAAUUUCAGCAAAUAAAUCAUUUGACGUUCGUCUUCGUAAUCACGCGUUGAAAAUUUCCACACUUUUCAUCUUCUUCGUUUUGGUAAUAUAUACCCAUCCCAUCUCUCUCCCUAAUCCCUCUCAUAAAGUACCAUCCUUUUUCAUAAAAAUCCCAACUUUCCUGGAAUUGCGUUGUCAAUCACCUAAACUAGAACAGUUUUUGAUUUGGGGUUUUUAAGAUUUCGUCGGGAAAAUCAUGGGUAAUUGUUGCGGAACGGCGGGAUCAUUGGCUCAGAAUGAUAACAAUAAGCCCAAAAAAGGAAGGAAGAAGCAAAACCCUUUCUCAAUCGAUUACGGUCUUCAUCACGGCGGUGGUAAUGGUGGAAAAGCUCUUAAGCUCAUCGUGUUGACUGAUCCGACAGGUCGUGAGAUCGAGUCUAAAUACACCUUGGGGAGGGAGCUAGGUCGUGGUGAAUUCGGUGUCACGUAUCUGUGCACGGAUAAAGAGAACGACGAUGUUUUUGCUUGUAAAUCUAUUUUGAAGAAGAAGCUGAGGACGGCUGUGGAUAUCGAGGAUGUUAGGAGAGAAGUUGAGAUCAUGAGGCAUAUGCCUGUUCAUCCUAAUGUUGUUACUUUGAAAGAGACUUAUGAGGAUGAGCAUGCUGUGCAUUUGGUUAUGGAGCUUUGUGAAGGUGGUGAAUUGUUUGAUAGGAUUGUUGCUAGAGGUCAUUACACCGAGAGAGCUGCUGCUGCUGUCACUAAGACCAUCAUGGAAGUUGUUCAGGUGUGUCACAAGCAUGGAGUAAUGCACAGGGACCUGAAACCAGAGAACUUCUUGUUUGGAAACAAGAAGGAGACUGCACCUCUCAAGGCAAUUGAUUUUGGUCUCUCUGUUUUCUUUAAACCAGGAGAGAGGUUUAACGAAAUCGUUGGUAGUCCAUACUACAUGGCUCCCGAGGUGCUAAAACGGAAUUACGGUCCAGAAGUUGACAUUUGGAGUGCAGGUGUAAUCCUUUACAUACUGCUCUGUGGUGUCCCACCUUUCUGGGCAGAAACUGAACAAGGAGUCGCACAAGCAAUUAUUCGAUCUGUACUGGACUUCAGAAGGGACCCAUGGCCCAAGGUUUCUGACAACGCAAAAGACCUUAUCAGGAAAAUGCUUGAUCCUGACCAAAGGCGUCGUCUUACAGCCCAGCAAGUGCUAGAUCAUCCGUGGUUACAGAAUGCAAAGACAGCUCCCAAUGUAUCAUUGGGUGAAACAGUGAGAGCAAGGCUGAAGCAGUUCACCGUCAUGAACAAGCUCAAGAAACGAGCACUCAGGGUUAUUGCUGAGCAUUUAUCAGAUGAAGAAGCUUCUGGUAUAAGAGAAGGGUUCCAAAUAAUGGACACAAGCCAAAGAGGGAGGAUUAAUAUUGACGAGCUAAAAAUCGGGUUGCAGAAACUUGGUCAUGCCGUUCCCCAAGAUGAUUUACAAAUUCUAAUGGACGCUGGAGAUAUCGAUAGAGAUGGAUAUUUGGACUGUGAUGAGUUCAUUGCCAUAUCAGUACACCUAAGGAAAAUGGGAAAUGAUGAGCAUCUCAAGAAAGCGUUUGCGUUCUUCGAUCAAGACAAUAACGGAUAUAUCGAAAUAGAGGAACUAAGAGAAGCUUUGGCUGACGAAGUUGGUACGAGCGAAGAAGUUGUUGAUGCCAUUAUUCACGAUGUUGAUACUGAUAAGGAUGGAAGAAUAAGUUACGAAGAGUUUGUGACGAUGAUGAAAACAGGAACAGAUUGGAGAAAAGCUUCGAGACAGUACUCGAGGGAACGGUUUAACAGUAUCAGUCUCAAACUGAUGCAGGAUGCGUCAUUGCAGGUCAAUGGUGAAAAAUGAUGAGAGAAGCAGUGUCACCUCAGAAGUGGAAGAUUGAAUCAAAAUGGGAAUGCCAAAUCUAUCUUCAUUUCUUUAUUUUUAUAUCUUUUUUGGGGUUUUUCUUAACACCACAACUAAAGAUUUUUAGGCAUAUAAAGUUGUACGAUUUGUGUGUUUUGAUUUCCUGGCUGAAGAGCGAGCGAGAGAAAGUACGGAUCAGGAGAAAACAAAGAGUGUUGGCCUUUGGCUGUGUGUAGAUAUUUUGUAUAAUCUUAUGUUGAUAAUGAAUGAAGAUAACAUCAAUUUUUUCUUGUGAUAA